AGAUCACAGGAUUGUCAUUGGGAGAUCUUGGAUAAAACUCCAAAUCCAAAAUGGAUCCGACCUUGUAUAAAGCUGCGAUGAGAGGCAAUAUCGGAGAUGCCUAUUUUCUACUUGCUGAUCAUUUGAAAAGGGAUGAAGAAAAUGGCUACCAAGUCACUCCGAAGGGCAACACGGUACUCCAUGUCGCAGCCCUCUAUGGCCACUCCCAUUUCGCGGCAGAAGUCCUUAAGGUUACUCCGGCAAUGUUACGCUGUCAAAACAAGAAAAAUGAAACCGCUCUUCACAUAGCAGCUAACGAAGGGCACGCUGAAGUAGUACGUGCGCUACUUGCAUGUAUAGAAGAUCAUAAUACUAAGGAGAAACUCACGAGGAUGACAGAUGCUAGUGGAGAUACAGCCCUGCACAAGGCCGUGAGGAGCGAACAUCUAGAUGUGGUUAAGCUCUUGGUGAAAGAAGAUUCUGAAUUUGAAUUUCCGCCUAACCAUGCGCAGGAGACGCCACUGUAUCUGGCGGCUGAAUCUGGUUUUCAUGAUGCUUUGAUUAAUAUCUUGGAAUACUGCAAGAAACCAACUUAUGCCGCAGGUCCAUCUAAUAGAACGCCGCUGCAUGCAGCAGUAAUUCAUGAACACAAAGAUUGCAUUAGAUCACUAUGGCGAUGGAAUAAGCCUUUAUGCGAGGAACCUGACUUUUGGGGUUGGAAUUCACUGCACUAUGCUGUUAAAUUAGGAUUGGCGUACGUAGUAUCUGAUAUGCUGGCGUGGAAAAAAUCCUUAGUGUACCUUCCGGCUGGCAGUGAAAAUGACUGGACAACAGCAAUUCACAUUGCAGCCAGCGAAGGUGAUGUAAACAUGAUCAAUGAGCUAUUAAAUCACUGCCCUGAUUGUUGGGAUAUGCUUAACAGCAACAGUCAAAAUGCUCUUCAUGUUUCCGUAUUGAACAAUCAAGACGAGGUAGUCCGCUUCUUAUUAGACUCUAAUAAGUGCGACAGCCUUGUUGAUGAGCCAGAUAGCGACGGCAACACUCCUCUCCAUUUGCUUGCUUCCUCUGGUAACCAUGUGCCUGAAUUAAUAAACCAUCGUAGAGCAAAGAAGAUGUCAUUUAACAAAGAAAAUCAGACCCCACUUGAUAUAGCAUUGUCAUGCACAGUGACAGCAAAGAAGGAGAAAUUGAUGGAGGAUUUGUGUAGCAUUGGCCGACUUGGAAAACGUGACUUUAAGGUAAAGCGGAAGUACGAGUACAUGCCCAAUCCAAAUGCUGAAAUGGGAACAGGAGGCAAAAUGCAACUGAGAGAAGAUGAUCACGAUAAAGCUAAAAAGGCAGAUCAAACAGUAAUCGAAAGUAUUAUGAAGAUAGAAAACGUUGCUAUCAACCAGCAUGAGGCUAUUCAGAAAUUUAUUCAGGGAACUGUUGCAGAUGGUGCCCCGGUUGUACCAAUAUCUGCACGAUUAAAGUACAACAUCGAUGUCGUCUGUGAAUAUAUCGUGAAAAAGAUUCCCAUUCCUAAGAGGAAUUUCAUCUCACCGCCAGAUAUGAUUGUUAUUCGCUCAUUUGAUGUAAAUAAACCUGGUUUUGAAGUUGAUGAAAUCAGAGGGGGUGUUGCCGGUGGCAGUAUUUUGAAGGUAUGUUUGUACUUUCUUGCAGUUAACGAUAUGAUGCAACUCACAGAAUCAGUUAAUGCCCAAGGAUCAUUUUUAUUUGAUUAUUCCUUCAACAAGUUCGGAAGCUUGUUUUAG